GUAGGCGGAGUUACGCAUGCGCACUGGUCUUUGUUGCUGUUCAAAACAGCUGUGUUGGGAGUUGCACCAUUUUCAUUCUACAAUAUGGUUAGAAGUGAGAAGAAGCAUAAAAUGCAAAGGCGCCGCGGCGAUGUCUGUCAGGUUUGUUCAGCUGACACAUGCGCUAAAAUUCCCUGAACUGUUACAACGUAUUGUAUUUUUUCAUCAGUGAAAAAAAUAUUACUUAAAGUAGUCAGAGACACACACACGAACACCAAGUCAGAUACAAAGAAAGAGAGAUAGAGAGAGAGAGACAGACAGACACUCAGAUAUUUAACUCGAGAGAAAACAAAAAUGGCUCCUAAUCUGAUAACCCGAGAGCAGAAUGUGGAUGAUGUAUCUUCUGAGAACUCCGCUCCUGAAGAACCCAAGAAAGUCCCAAGGCCUCAUCACCAGUUACCAACCAUUGUUAUUGUAUCUCAGGACACUGCAUAUGAUCAACUCUUGCCAAGGCAAUCCCUCUACCUUGAUUAUCCAUAUCAUUGUACACAACAGCAUUACUGGCGGUCAAAGAAGGCGACGUUUCUGUUCUCCAUUGUCAUAUUGGUCCUCCUGGCACUGUUUUGUAUAACCAUUAUAGCAACCACUAAUAUUGUGAAACAAGUGAAACAAUCCAACAAGAAUCUAGCUCUGGUUGUUGAAACUUCUUGUGGACCGGUUGACGGGGAGUACGACGGUAAGAACUUUGUCUUCCGUGGGAUACCUUAUGCUGUACCGCCUACUGGGAGUCAGAGAUGGAGCCAGUCAAUUCCUAAUAUGUCCUCUGGUCAGUGUCAGCUGAAAGGGCAAGCUGUUGACAGUACUAAAUCUAUUUUAUGUUCCCAACGAAACUUCCAAAACGGCAACAUAGUUGGUCAAGAAGACUGUCUCUAUCUCAAUAUUUGGCUACCAAAGAGAUUGCUCAAAGAAACAACAAACCUACCUGUUAUUGUUAUAAUGCAAGGUGAAGGGCAGAACUUGGACAGUGAUGAAGAAGACUUUGGUGCAAAACGGUUUGAACCAAUUCGUACAUUGAUGUCGAAAGGUGAAGCUGUGCUUGUGAGUGUUAACUACAGACUGGGUGUGUUUGGCUUCCUGGCAGUUGAUUCUGAUGAACAAAACACAACUUCAGCAAGAAUAAAUGGAAAUUAUGGAUUGAUGGACCAGAUCCUCGCUUUACAGUGGAUCAAAGAAAACAUUGAAGAUUUCCAUGGAGACCCUAACUUAGUAAUUGUGUAUGGUGAGUCGAGUGGCACCGAGACAUUAUCGGGUCUACUUAAAAGCCCCAAAUCCAAGAACCUGUUUCAAGGAAUGUUUGCUGUUGAUCCUGCGUGGCUGCCUAUCAAGACUUUGGAUGAUGUUAAAGACCUCAACAACAUAGCUUUAUCGAAGACCACAUGCCAGAAAGAUGUCGAAUGCUUGAGGAAACUGGAUACAAGUCAAAUAAUUGAAAGUUUUUCUGUGAGUGAACCAGAGAAACAAAGCUCCCUCCAUGCAGAGCUGAAGCAGUACUUAUAUCCAUACCACCACAAUUUAGCACUGACUAUUGAUGAAAAUACUUUGUUCUUUGAUGAGAAGGAAGAAAUGUCUAAUUACCAACAACCCAAUGUUCCUGUUUUUAUUGGGCAAGUUUGUCACCAUCUCUGUAUUACUGGAAAAGACAAACUAAACAGCAAUGCCAAGCAUAUUGGCCAGCUGUUCAACAUGGAACCAAAGACAAUGCAACGCGCUAUGAAACUCUACAACGCACAAGGAGAUAGAAUAAAGGCCAAAGCUGACAUUGUCAGCGAGAUGGCAUUUGAUAUCAAAAUGUGUCAGACCGAGAAAUUCCUACGUAGUGCUAACUUUCCAAACUACUAUUUGGUUUCCCUUCCCAGAAACUCUCUAGUCCAUGGUUGCGGCAGCAACAGCAACAACAACAGAAAACACAGCUCGUCGUUUCUGUGCUCUGACAACUUACACAAGGAACUCUCCACCAAAACAUCAAAAGUAACAAAUGCUAAAGCUGAUCUCCGUCUCUUGUGGAAUGACAUAUUCUUACAGAUAACCGAACAGCAUCCUUCUGGCCCUCUUGGCCAUAAAGAUGGUGACCAUGUUGUCUCAGUUGCUCCUGAUUCCGUGAACAGUGUAUGUCAUUUUUGGGACCAUCACAAACCUUUUCAGUUUUAGAGUUCUUUAUUUAUUUAUUUCUAUUUUUGUAAAAAGAGUAUAUGUGUAUGCGUUUAUGCGUUUGUAAACGCAUAUACAGACAGUUGUUUUUGUAUAUAGUUUUUUUGUUUUUGUUGUUGUUUACGGAACUUCCAAAUAAUGUUUGCUUCUGUUUAAAGAGGGAAAAAAAUCCUUUAUAAAAUUAAAUUAAUCUGGAGAAUGAGUAUGCGUAUGCUUACAUACACACACUUUUAUCAACACAUAUACACUCUAUUGGAAAUAGCAAUUUUUUUUUUUUAAAGUUAUAUCAGCUUGACAUUAAAACUGCAGUGAGAAUUAACCAGGAGUUUAUAGAAGGGGAUGGGUGAUUUGAUAAAGUAAAUUCCAUGGAUCAGUUCUCUUUCAUACUUUACUGUAGCAUUUUGGUAUUGUUCCUCUGUGUAAAUUGCUUUUAUGAAAUAGAAUUAAAUAAUUAAAAAAAA